AUGCUCCCUUUCACACUCUUCCCCAUAUUGCUCUUCCUAUCCGUCAUACGACCCACCUUCAGCACAAACACAACAGAAAAACUGCGCAUAUUCAUCCUAUCCGACAUCCUUAAUGAACCCGAUGACUCUCAAUCUCUUGUCCGCUAUCUACUCUACUCAAACGAGUUCCAGACUGAGGGAAUAGUAGCCACGACCUCGACAUGGCUUCCAAACGAGACGCAUCCAGAGGCGAUUCGCGAGAUCAUUCGUGCGUACGGAAGUGUAGUGGAUAAUCUUAAUCAACAUGUACCAGGGGAUAAGCAAUAUUCUUCUGCGAAGGAACUGCUCAGUGUUGUUUUUUCGGGGCCUACCGUCUACGGCAAACAAGCCUUACAAAAUAACAGCACCCUUAGUCCCGGCGCAUCCCACCUAGUCAAAUCCCUCAAAUCCUCAAACGCAACCCUUCACCUCCCCGUCUGGGGCGGCACAAACACUCUCGCCCAAGCCCUCCAGCACAUCUCCCGCACCCAUUCCUCAACCGAAGCGAAGACCCUCCGCUCCCGCCUCCGCAUAUACACAAUCUCCGAUCAAGAUGAUACGGGUCCCUGGCUGAGAGCGACGUACCCGGAUUUGUUCUACAUUGCGUCAAGACAUGCGUGGAAGGCGUACCCCCUUGCGGCUUGGACGGGGAUGUCGACGAUGGCUCUUUCGCCUGCGGCGAAUGAUAGUAUUGUGCAGAAUGCGUGGUUGGGGAGGUAUAUCCAAUUGGGAAAGUUGGGGGAUGUUUAUCCUGAUAUCGAGUAUACGAUGGAGGGCGAUUCACCGAGUUUGUUGUACUUCAUCCCUAACGGACUGGGGCACAUUGAGAAACCUGAUUGGGGAAGUUGGGGUGGACGAUAUUCACCCCUUUCAGAUGAUCAUCGUGAGACGCAGUUCGGUGAUACCCUGGAUACGGUAUACUACACCUCUGUGAAUAAUACGGAGACGGAAAAGUCGAAUCAUGCAACCAUAUUCCGCUGGCGCAGUGCGUUCCAGACGGACUUUGCAGCAAGGAUGCAAUGGACGCUUUCUUCGAACUAUACCUCCGCGCGCCAUCCGCCUGCUAUUCGUGUGAAUGGGCAUGAGGGUCUGGAGCCAUUGAUUCUCCAUGCGCGUUUGAAUCAGUCUUUCGUCUUCGACGCGAGCGAAACACUCGAUACAGACCAACAUGACGAUCUACAAUUCGAAUGGUAUCAAUACCAAGAACCAUCCUACCUACCAAACCCCGGUCCACAAAGCGAUAAAAGACUAAACAUUCAACCACUCUCGGAUGGACAGCUGGUCAAGCUCAACGAGCAGGGAUUCGAGGACGCCGUUCGCGCGAAAAAAGUUAGGAUUACACUUCCGGCAAUGCAGGGUACAGAGAUGGUAGAUGGGUAUCAUUUGAUAUUGCAAGUUAGCACUGGUGGUGAGGUUCCGAUUACGAGAUAUAAGAGGAUUGUUUUGGUGGUUUAG